CCCUUUUCAUUUUGGUAAGAGAGAAAAAAAUACAUACUCUUGCGAUGGCUUUUGAGAGGAGAGAUGAGAAAAAAAAAAGAGAGAAGAAGAAGAAGUAAAAAUGAGAAUAUUUAGGAAGUACAAUUUGUAUGUUAAAUUAAACACAGAGAUAGGGCGAUUUAGUCCAGUCGGCGCCAAAGACUGAGCAACCGGAAUCUUUAGUCUCUACAACGUAAUCUACGGUCGCUGUGGUAGAAGACUGUUGCUUUUAUAUUGCAAGUCCUUCAAAUGCAAAAGCUAAUGCGUGGGACACUUUCUGUUUCUUCAUUAUCAUUACCUAAUUUAUGUACAACCAAAAGGCAGGUUUUUAGAAUGUCUGCUACUCAAACCAGAAAUGCUGGAAUAUCAUUUGAAUCCUUGGCAAUAAAGCCCCCUUUGCACCCUACCUAUGAUUUAAAGGGCAUCAUCAAGCUUGCCCUUUCUGAAGAUUCUGGAGAUCGAGGGGAUGUGACUUGUAUGGCCACCAUUCCAUUUGAAAUGGAAGUUGAAGCUCAUUUCUUGGCAAAGGAGGAUGGUAUCGUUGCUGGCAUUGCACUUGCAGAGAUGGUGUUUCAAGAGGUUGAUCCUUCUCUGAAGGUGGAAUGGUCUCGAAAGGAUGGAGAUCGUAUUCAUAAGGGACUGCAGUUUGGAAAAGUAUAUGGACGGGCACACAGCAUUCUCAUUGCUGAAAGAGUAGCAUUGAACUUUAUGCAGCGAAUGAGUGGAAUAGCAACCCUAACUAAGGCCAUGGCUGAUGCUGCACACCCUGCCUGCGUUUUAGAGACAAGAAAAACUGCUCCAGGUCUACGUUUAGUGGAUAAGUGGGCGGUACUAAUUGGUGGUGGAAGCAAUCACAGAUUGGGUUUGUUUGACAUGGUGAUGAUAAAAGAUAAUCACAUAUCAAUUGCUGGAGGUAUCACCAAUGCUCUUAGAUCUGUUGACAAGUAUUUAGAGCAGGAGAAUCUUCAAAUGGAGGUUGAGGUUGAGACCAGGACACUUGAGGAAGUAAAAGAGGCAUUGCAGUAUGCAUCUCAAACAAAGACUUCCUUGACCCGGAUCAUGUUGGAUAAUAUGGUUGUACCUUUGCCUAAUGGGGAUGUUGAUGUGUCUAUGCUUAAAGAAGCUGUUGACCUAAUCAGGGGGAAAUUUGAAACUGAGGCAUCAGGCAAUGUAACUAUUGAAACUGUACACAAAAUCGGACAGACUGGGGUGACCUACAUAUCUAGCGGUGCACUCACACAUUCUGUAAAGGCACUGGACAUCUCCCUCAAAAUCGACACUGAAUUGGCACUGCAUGUUGGAAGGCGAACAAAACGGGCAUAAUCAUGUAUCAUUUUAUAGUUAUUCAGCAACAUCAUACUCCAGUUUUACACAAAUAAGGGAACAGAAAGCAUGGUAUUUCCUCCAAGCCCCUGAUGUCUAAUUAGAAGUUAAAGCUUGUGCUAAUGAUGAUGUGAGGAAUUACUAGAUCAUAAAUUACUGUUUUAUCAUUAUGAUAUAACCAUAAAAUAUGGAAUGAGGUUCAUUUUACAAACUCAUGUCCUAAAGUCCUUAUUAGUGAUUACAUGUGUGAUGGGAUUACUUUUCUACUUCCAGAAUUGAAUUGAUUUUCAUUUUCUAGAUCUUUGGUUUUUGGUCAUCAGUGACGUUAAUGUGUGGCAAAGGCUAGCUUCAAGUGGGGUUCAAUUCUCCAUUAUAAGCUUUGACCUGUGAAUGAGUAAAGAGAAGAACAAUCGUGAUAUUGAGUUGGAAAAAGAAGAACAGAUUCGUUGCAUAAUUUCUUCAGUCCAAAGUUAGGCUUCAUGUCUGAUGAUGGCAUAGCAUUUUCAGGGUAGGUGUUCUUGACUUCUUGUUGUCAUCAAUGGUUCCAUUGAAUGAAUACAAGGGCAGUGUUUAGGGCCAUGUCUGGGUAGAGGAAGUGGCGGCAAGCCACGUUAAGGUGUUGCACAUUGGUUGGACAGAAGAUGCCUAUGGAAUUGUUGGGGGCCAUGCCCUCUACUUUUUGUUGGAAGAAUUUCAGCCCUUUUUUCAAAGAUGGGAGAAGAGCAACUAUAUUCCCAUGACGAUCUUGGCCAUAAAUAUUCCUCGACAAUAAAAACUUAUCAACUUC